GCCGGUGGCACUGGAGCCAGGGAUGAAAAGAUGCUGUCACUACCAACUCAAAAGGCAACCUAUUGAUGUGCCUGCCACAUGCCACGUCCUAGAGCACACAUGUGCUGACACACGCAGACACAAAUGCUUACACUCGUGUGCACAUGCACACCGCCCCCAGGGGCUGCAGGCAAGGCAGGCACCCCAGAUGGGCCGGAUGAAUAGCACGUCUGUCCUGCAGCUGUGGGCUCUCUCCCACCCCAAGAAAGCACAGAACCGCAGACAGCAAAGCACAGGAGCCCACGCAGUCUGCCCGGCACCCAGCGAGGGGACUGGAGGGCAGCGAGAUGGAGUCAGAAAGAGAAAUCGGCAGCAGCCAACCCGGGAACUCCAACCCCACGAGGAGCCCGCCCAUCAACCUGAACCACUAUGCCACCAAGAAGAGUGUGGCCGAGAGCAUGCUGGAUGUGGCGCUCUUCAUGUCCAAUGCCAUGCGGCUGAAAGCAGUGCUGGAGCUCGGACCGUCCUCCCAGUACUACACCACCCUCGUCACCCUCAUCAGCAUCUCCCUGCUGCUGCAGGUGGCCAUCGGGGUCCUCCUCGUGGUCAUCGGUGAGGAGCCCGGGGGCGGAGCGCGGCUGAACCUGAACGAGGUAGAAAACCAGUGGAGACUAAACCAGCUCAACAACGCUGCCACCGUCCUGGUCUUCAUCACUGUCGUUUUCAAUGUUUUCAUCACAGCCUUUGGGGCACAGAAGACGGGCUUCCUGGCUGCCAGGGCCUCCAAGAGUUCUCUUUGAAGGGCUGAGAUGGACCCGAAGGCACACGCAUGCCAAGCAGGGCUCUGACGCUGAGCCCCUUCCAGCCCAGCCUGUUCCCUGGCUGCAUGCACAGUCCCCGGGGAGCAGUUUCUUUCUUGCUGGACCUCAGAGAAAUCCAGAGGAAUAGGAAUUACGCUGGAGGUCUGUGCUGAAGCACGAAGCCAGCACAAAGACUAAGGGCGACACAGCUGUGGCACUGAGCCUCCUCCAGUCACACUCCAGCUUUAUGAGAUCAGAGUGGUCUUCACUCCCUCCACUCCCGCCCCUCCCACUCUUAGUUCUCUGAGUGUGGCCACUGUCCUUUUCUUUCUUCCCUCCAUGGGAAAACCACCAACAAGCUGCUUUUUAAGCCUCUGAGACUUUAGUGAGAGGUGUGGGACCAGCUGUUAACUACUCUCUGUGACUUGGUUUUCUCCUCGGAAAAAUGGGGAUGCUCGUACCUCAUAACAAGGUACGACUCCUCUGCAAAGCAAGGCACCCCGUGACAGUGCUGCACUCUGCCCUGUGUCUCAGGAAGAAGGGUCUAUCUUCCCGGACAGGUCCACCGCUUCCAGGACCCUCCCAACAUUUACGCCCUUUCUUUCCCCCUUACUGUCCUUUGCUUCUUCCUCUCAGGAUCAAAGCUCAAGGUACCACGUUCUUUUCCUUCUUCUAGUGCAAACUUUUUUUUUUUUUUUUGAUACAGGGCUGAUCCACCACUAUACACUGGGCUGGCUGAUUUUGAGAGCAAGGAUUAUAGGUGUGCACCACCAUCCCUGGACAUAGCAAAUUUCCUUUUUUUUUUUUUUUUUUUGGUACCAGGGAUCGAACUCAUGACCUUGCACUUGCCAGGCAAGUGUUUAUGCCACUGAGCUAAAUCCCCAGCCGAGCAAAUUUCUUAAAAAAAGAAACUUACACAAAUGUGGAGAGAAGCUUCUUCACUACCACAUGUUCCUCCCUCCCCACAAACCAGCAUCCAGUUCAGCCUCGCUCCCUGCCAAGCCUGCAGUUUAUAUUGAGUUCCAUGCUCCUCUCCUCUCUCAGGCAAAGCCUCUCCAACCUUAGCCUCCAGGGAUUCGGUGCCCCUGGGAACUGCAGCACCCUCUAAUGGUCCACACAAUCUCUUGCUGGCCCCCGGCAUCUUUUCUGACCUUCACCUAUGUUAUCCUCACCCUCUCCUCCAGGUGGUGCUGGCGGGGAGGAGAGCUGGCCAGGCUUGUCUUCACCCGCUUCCCGCCUGUGCUGAGAACGCUGCUACCUGCAUUUGCACAGCUCUGCUUUUCCUCUGACGCUUACCAACCUUUAACUUUAGUGGUCGCACUAGCCCUGUGACACAGACAGCAGGAGCGUCCUCCCCUCUGCAAGCUGAGUGUGAGCCACCUGACAGCACUGGGAUGUGUGACCCCAGUGCAGCUGGGCUGAUCCCACCCGUCCCUUCCCAGAGCACCAUGCCAAAUGGAAUCCUGCAGCUGCUUUGGACAGCCCCCUCCCCCGUCACCUGUCAAGCAGCUCCCAGUCUUCUCCACCCCAGCGGUCUCGGAACUCCCUGGUGUUCAUGCCCCCGAUCUUGUCCAGGUCUGACUUGUAGAUGCCAAGUAGUCCAAAACCGUUCACCUCCCAGUAGCCUGUGAACAGCCAAGAAGCCGCAGUGAGCCAAGCGGGGCUGGGAGGAGGACUGGAGGCCGCUGACCAGCUAUAGGCUCUGAGGGGAAGCAGGGGCCAAAAACUCUCUGCUGAGCAAACACCUUGCCUGUGGAGGGAAGGCCCAAAACUGAGGUUCAAGGUUCAGCAAAUGCAGCAAUGGCCCCAGGCUGGUCUCAGGCCCACGGUUAGAUAUGACAGCAGCAGCCUCUCUGAGCUACUGUCCACUUCCAUCUCUACAGGCAGGGAGCCUCUGGCCGUGACCUGUAUAGCACCCUAGGGCCCAGCAUUCGCAUAUGAUAGGUGCUUCCUCGGUGUCUGACAAGCCAUUGAGGGAAGAGGGGCAGAAAGCAUUCACUGCUGCACCGGCUGCUCUGGCGGAUGGUCCACCAGGGCUGGGCGGCAAGAGGUUCUGACAUUCACCAAUGUGGCUGCCUGCAGCUCUGAGGUUAGGAACCACGGGGAAGAGGCGUUCGCACCUCCCAGAUGCAGGGCAGGACUCACCCUCAGGCCACCACGGGGUGGCCCCGCAGUGCAGCCUCAUCACCAUGGGGGCAAAGGCCAUCUUGCCCUCCACGCAGUGCUUCCGGAUGGUAUCGAUGACUCCAGCAGGGAAGUAGAUGUGGAGGUCACAGAGGAAGAUGAUGCUGUGUGGGUCCUGAGGGCAAAACAGCGGGGUCACCAGACCCUCAGAACUCGUAGGGGAGCCCUCAGGCCCUGCCUUAUUACAAUGACUGGCAAACCUGCCCAAACCCACGUGCCGGGCAGCUAUCCAUAGUUACAGCGGCGUUCUCACCGUCAGACAGUGAACCCCGCUCCUCUCCCCGCUGUUUAUGGGCUCCGAGGACCCUGACAGAUGAAAAUGCCCUGCUGUCAUCUGCGUAGUCCCACUCUGCCACUGAUUGCACAGGAAGCAGAGAAGAUGCUCCUUGCUAUGGUUUGGGCAAGUGUUCCAUGAAGGGCCAUGUGUUAAAGGCUGGGUUCCCGGCCUGUGGAGCCACUGGCAGGUGGUGGAACCUUUGGCAGGUAAGGGCUAUGGAAGAAGUGGCUCACUGGAGGCAUGGGACUUUGGGCUCUUUCUGUCUCUCUUUUUCGCUUCCCUGUUACCAAAAGAUGAGCAGCUUCCUCACCCAAAGGCAAUGGGGCCAAAUCUUUGUGGGCUGAAAUCGUGAAUCCAAAUAAACCUUCCUUCCUGUUAA